GUCGAGUCCCGAUAAGCAAUCCCUUCGCAACAGAAACAAACUUAGUGAUUGGUAUAAAAUUCGGUUAAACAGAAAUGGCUCGCGAAAAAGAAGGCAACGGUUCGGAAAAGUCCGCGGCUCCAAGGGCCAAUAGAAAGACGAAGGUUACGCAGUCGAAGCGCGCUGGUCUCCAGUUCCCCGUGGGUCGCAUCCACCGUUACCUUAAGAAACGGAACACAUCCCACAUGCGGAUCGGAGCCACUGCAUCCGUGGUCACCGCCGCCGUUUUGGAGUACCUGAACGCCGAGAUCCUGGAGUUGGCCGGCUACGUCGCGGCGGACUGCAAAGUGAAAUGCAUCACGCCGCGCCACUUGCAGAUCGCCAUUCGCAGAGAUAUGGAGUUGGACAUCCUGGUCAGUGGCACCAUUGCCGGCGGCGGAGUCGUCCCCUACAUACACAAAGCCCUGAUCGGAAAUAAGGAUGAAAAGGUGAAGGAUCCACAGGGAACGAGCGGAAACACCCAGUCGCAGACCUACUAAAAAGGGACAGCAAAUGAUUAUUAAAAUAUUGGAAACAAAAACGCGCAAGUCUAUAACAUUCAAGAACACUGAAGUAUGAAACUAAAACUAAACCAAAGAAUUAACACAAGAAACAUUAUCUCUGUCGAACAAAUAUGGAGUCUUCAGCUUGUCUCCAAGUUAAUUUAUGUUUUAAAUUGUUUGUUUAAUUUUGUUAAAUGUUAAAAAAUAUAAAGA